AUGUCCGUGUCGGAACGAUCAGGGCAGUCUGCAAAGAGACCAAGGAUCGAGUCGUCUGAAGAUGAAGAUGAAGAUGAUGAAUAUCUGGCUGAAGUGGACAAGACGCCCAGGCCUCAAUCCAACAUCUUGCGUCAACAUUCAUUACCAUCAGAGUCUCAGUCGCAAACAUCGGGUCGCUCAUCGCCUUCCAAGCAAAUGAAUACCCUAGAACUGUCAGGCUUCAAGUGGAACCAGCAACUAUCACUGGCAAACCCGGACAUUCCGGACGAGCUUUUCGAGUUUCUCACUGAAAUUGUUAACUGCAAUAACGGUAUCGGCAUCAUCUCUCGAGAUGAAAAGGCCCAGAUUGCACAACGAGCCCAAAGCAAUAGAUCAUAUCGCCUGUUUCAAGACGUCAUGUAUGCGGAUCCAACAGUCCGUGAUGCAAUUGGCCUUACACCUCCAAUCGAUGAUGUCGAGUGGGUCGUCGCCGAGGCAAGAGAGUGCCAGGAGUUUUCACACCCAGAAGCAUCAUGGAAUGAAAGUGUUCACUUUCCAUUGCUGCACAAGGCAGUGUACGGUCCAAGACGAAAACGCCAGCGCGUCGGAGUAGGGAACUGUACAACUGCAAAACUGAUUCGAGAGUAUCUGCCGAAAAACACCUUGGCAAAGAGAGUCGACUAUAGUUUCUUCAUUGAUCCUGGAGCUGAUACAUUACCAACCUCAAAAAGCCCAGCGGAAGCCGUCGCCGAUCUACGCAAAGUGAUGCCCUGCCAAGUCAUUAAUCACACCGCAUACCGCCCAUUCCGCGACCGCCCCAUGGUCGUCACCGUUGAGACUAAGAAGCGAUACGGUUCGCAAGAAGGGGCCGAGCUUCAAACAGGGACGUGGCAUGCAGCGCAUUGGGAAUUCCUUGCCCGGCGGAUCGAAAAGACUGGAGGCACGCUCGAGGGGUUGCCCUUCUUGCCGGGCAUACUGAUACAGGGACAUGACUGGAGCUUUGUGGCGACGACACGAGAAGAAUCAAAAACAGUCGUAUGGCUGGAGCAGAAGUUUGGCUAUACCAAUGAUACGAUUGGUGUGUACAAGGCUAUCUGGGGAGUGCAGCGGUUAGCGAGAUGGGUGGAUGAUGUUUACUGGCCCUGGUAUAAGAAGAAUGUGCUCUGUCUUUAA